CCUUUGCUAUUGCUGCACAGUGCAGGACUAUGGCAGAGGAAAGCGAUGACUACGAGGAGGUGCUCGUGUAUGCCGAGUUCAGCGGCUUAGUUGAGACUGGUGAAUCGUUCUGGAGCAACGCUCCGAAUCACGUGGGAUUGCUGGGGUUGGAUACUGAUGAACCUCUCCUCCAGAUUGGUGAAGUUACAUUCCGUGGCUCCUUUGAAGAUUCUGUCGGCAGUCUCAUGUUCUUUGAUGGCCAGAGUCAGGACAGCUCGUCCGCACUAGGUCUGGCUAGCAGUGUGCCACCUCUACUGACUCCGGCUGCAGCCAACGCGGUUGCUUCAGCCGCUGCAGAUAGGACGGCAUAUCGAUACGCCUGCCACACGGACAAGGUGCUGCAUAUGAAGCGUAUCUUCCUGCAAGCCAAAGGAGACCUCGAGGCGGACGGACUGCUACCAACCACCAGUGGACCUGCCAAGGAGGCUCAGGUGGACGGACUUCUGCCAACGGCCGGUGAACAUCGCAACGCGGCAGAUAAGAAUGCCGAAACGGUGUCCACUGAUGUUUCUGCUGCUGCUGCUGCUGCUGCUGAGGAACCAACCGCCGAUGUGGCUGGCGCUGCCAAUGUUACUAUGAUGGAUGAGGAAACAACUGGCGCUGCCAAGGCUGUUUUGAUGGAGGAUGAACCAACCGACGCUGUGAUUGGCGCUGGCAAGGCUGUCAUGAUGGAUGUUACUAGUGAGAGCACACAGAGCAACAUUGCAUUGUCAACUGAAGAAGGAACACAAGACGAUUGUGGAAUGCAGCUCCAACCUGCUGAGGCUGCCUCAAACACAGACACGGUCGCAAUGUCGGACGACAUCGCCCAUCCAUUACCGCCGUGACCACUCUUCCCAGUCUUCAGAUGGGAGACUGGCUGUAUCCAUAGGCAGCUGAUUGUGCCAGACAGAGGACCCACAACACGGCCUGACCUCACUCCGGAUACCCUGCUGGUCGGGUUACAAUUGUUGUCUCCGUAAUGUGUUGGACGUUGACCUAGUGGAACUGGAUUAGUGCAGGAAAGGUGGUGGAACUGUCACCGCGUCGCAUGCUAGGUCUACUAGUAGCUCCACCCUAUCAUAAAAGUACUCGACCAAACCAUCAGCAUGCGUUGCUAUGGUACCUUGAUAUCCUCACAUUGGACGGCCAUGCCAAUUAGUGGCUGUCUCAGCUUGUGCUUGCUGCUCAGGUCCUGCGCCUGCAUUGCGCAACAGCAGAUUAGGAUGCUGCAGGCUAGGUGCUAUGUGUGGGGAUCAGUCACGUGUGUUCACGCCAGUGUCGGACAACUCCGGCCGUGUGUGAUGCAACGGUGGACCAUUGGCCAUGCGCGGGACAGUGAUCCGACAACCGGCCGUGUGUUCUGCUAUGGGUAUCACGAUCCAUGGUGACCAGCAUUGUCGACGCGAGAGUCCCAGCUGACCGGCUACUUAUUUCUAGUGCAACAGCUGGCUUGUGUAGCGGCUCCUGGUCGGCUUGAUUUGCCGUGAAACUUGCCCACAAGUGUAUCUGAAAAUGUUAGACCAAGUAGCAUGCUAUGGCCCAGUAGCCUAGCGCCUGGGUACCAGUAGCUUCUUCCCGCUGACCCCCAUUGCCAUGCUAUGACCCGGCAGCCUGGAUAGCUGUAGGUUUCAUCCCCUCAACCCCUCAACCCAUUGCAAUCAGAUGAUCAUUGUCAUAGCGGCACUUUCCAUGCUAUUGCCCAGUAGCCUAGUGCCUGGGUGCCAGUAGCUUUCGUCCCCGCUGACCCCCAUUGCAAUUAGAUGAUCAUUCUCAUAGCGGCACUUUCCAUGCAAAAAGACCAUAAUUAUGUUCAUGGUCAACAUACACCUCCAUAGCAAACACUUUCUACCGGUGAGUAGUUACUACUCCCUGCUUUCUGCACAUGGAUUUGUACAAACAAAUACGAACGGACAAUAAUGGUUGUAAUAAAUUCUAAAAUCUUCAA